AUGAAAAAAGUUGAAGAUACACAUAAUAAUAUUACAAAAAGUACUAAUAAAAAAAGUUAUUAUAAGAGAAAAGAUAUUUUAAAUGAGGAUUAUUAUGCAAAAAAUGAGAAAAGACGUAAAUUGAAGGCUUCUAAAAAAAUAAAAGGGAGUUCCAGUGGAGAUUUUACAAAAAAGGCAAAAAACAAAUUUAAAGAAUUUUAUGAAAUGCAUUUUGAUAAAAAAGUAAUAAAUUUACCAUUUAGUGCAGAUUCUAUAAACAUACAACAAAAAGGAUUUCAUGAUUACAGUAAAGAUAUGAAAUUAAAAAAAAAUCAUAUGAAUAAACCAAUGUGGAUAUGUUCAGAUGGAUUUAUAUAUUUGGAAAUGUUUAAUAGUUGCAGUAAACAGGCAUCUGAUUUUCUUAUUACGAUAGCUGAACCAAUAUGCAGACCUGAAUUAAUUCAUGAAUUCCAAUUAACUAUUUUUUCUUUAUAUGCAGCAAUAUCUGUAGGAAUUACACUUGAUGAAUUAUUAAUAAAUUUAGAUAAGUUUUCUAAGAAUGUACUACCUAAAGAAUUAGUUCAUAAUAUUACAAAAAGUGCUGAAUCAUUUGGUAAAGUUAAAUUAGUACUAAGAGAAAAUAAAUAUUAUAUUGAAGCUACAAAUAAAUCAGAAUUAGAUUAUUUAUUAAAUAAUAAUUCCAUAAAAAAUGCAAGGAUAUAUUCUAAUGAUAAUAAUGAACAAAAAAUAAAAAGUGUGUGUAAUAUGAAUGAUAGUAUUUUAGAAGAAAAAUAUAAGGAAAAUAACAAUAAUAAUAUAACAAAUAACACUAACAAUUUUUUAAAUGAAAAAAGUAAUGAAAAUAAGAAUGAAGAAUCUUAUGUAACUUAUGAAGCACCUGUAUUAGAUACCACCCAACUAGGAUUCAAGAUAAGCGAAAGUGAAAAACAAUUGAUUUUUCAAGAAAAAAAAAAUAUAAAUGAAAAUAUAAAUGAAAAUUUGGGAAAUUCAUCAGAAGUAUAUUCGUUUGAAGUGAAUUGCGAUAAAAUAGAAGAAGUAAAACAAGAAGCAUUGCAGACUAUGCAAAGACCAUUGUUAAUGGAAUAUGAUUUUAGAAGAGAUAAAAAAAAUCCUAAUUUAAUAUGUUCAUUAAAAAGCCAUGUGCAAAUAAGAUAUUAUCAAGAAAAGGCAUUAAGAAAAAUGUUUAGUAAUGGAAGAAGUAGGUCAGGUAUAAUAGUUUUACCUUGUGGUGUAGGUAAAACUUUAACAGGGAUAACAGCAGCUAGUACAAUUAAAAAGUCAUCAUUAUUUUUAACAACAUCAGCAGUAGCAGUUGAACAAUGGAAAAAACAGUUUGAGGAUUUCACUAAUAUUCACCCAAGGCAUUUAAGAAUAUUAACAUCUGAUUACAAGUUUGAUUUAUGGCCAAUUAACGAAGCAGGUGUUUUAAUUUCUACAUAUACUAUGUUGUCGUAUUCAGGAAAAAGAAGUGAACAGAGUUUAAAAAUUGUUAAUGAUAUUAGAAGAAGAGAGUGGGGAUUAUUAGUAUUUGAUGAAGUUCAAUUUGCACCUGCACCAUCUUUUAGAAGAAUAAAUGAUAUUGUGAAAUCUCAUUGUAAACUUGGUUUAACAGCAACUUUAGUAAGAGAAGAUUUGUUGAUUAGAGAUUUGCAGUGGAUUAUUGGACCUAAAUUAUAUGAAGCUAAUUGGGUGGAAUUACAAAAUAAGGGAUUUUUAGCUAAAGCUUUAUGUAAAGAAAUAUGGUGUAGUAUGCCUGGUUCUUUUUAUAAAUAUUAUUUAAAGUCUAAUAGUUUUAUUAAAAGAAGAUUAUAUACAUGUAACCCUAAAAAAUUAAUGAUGUGUGAAUAUUUAAUUAAAUAUCAUGAACAAAAUAAUGAUAAAAUUAUUGUUUUCAGUGAUAAUAUUUUUGCUUUACUACAUAUUGCUAAAACGUUAAACAAACCAUUUAUAUAUGGAAAGUUAUCUCCAAUUGAAAGAAUUGCUAUCAUAAAUAAAUUUAAAAAUGAUUCAUCUAUCAAUACUAUUUUAUUAAGUAAAGUUGGAGAUAAUGCAAUUGAUAUUCCUAUAGCAAAUGUUGUUAUUCAAAUUUCUUUUAAUUUUGCAUCAAGAAGACAAGAAGCACAAAGAUUAGGAAGAAUUAUAAGACCUAAAAAUAAAGCCAAUGAAAAAAAAAAUAUAAAUGAACCUGAUUCCUUCUUUUAUAGUUUAGUUAGUAAAGACACAAUAGAAAUGUGUUACUCUGAUAAAAGACAACAAUUUCUCAUUAAUCAAGGAUAUGCAUAUAAUGUUCAUAGUGAUAAUAUUGUUGAUUUUAAUAAAAUAAAUUUAGUAUAUAAAAAUAAAAAAAUUCAAGAUAACUUAUUAAAAUGCAUUUUAGCUAGCACAGACGAUGGGAAUAUGGAUGAAGAUGAUGAUUUAUUUGAAGAUCAAAAUUUUAAUAAAGAAAAUUCAAAGAUUAAUAAAAGUAACAUUAAUGGAUUUUCAAAUAAAAAGGAAGAUUCUUUAAAAAAAGUAGAAAAUGGAAGCUUGUUAAAAUUAGCAUCCAAUAUAGAUGUAACAUUUAAUGAUAAAAAAAAAAACGCACCAAAAAAAUUUGCUGAUAAACAUAUUCUAUUUAGAAAAUUUUUAAAUCAAAACAAAUAA